AAAGUCAACCAAUUAUUUAGAAAAUUUAAUGAUUAAAUAUAUGGAAUUAAAGGGAAAAUAGAACAAAUCCUUGCACGAACUAGCUUUCUGUUAAGUGAAUAGUUUGUUUAUUACAUUCCAUACAUUUGGAUGAUGAACAAAAGCCAUAAACAACUCUCUUUGAUCGUGGCAUUCAUCUAUUCUAUCAUUCAAACAAUCUUCUCUUGAUCAAAUCUUAUAUUCUUCCUUCUUCUCACAAUGAGUAGCAAACAAGAACGGAACAAUUCAGGUGGUUUUUAUCCCUUCUCUUUUGUCUCCUCUGUUUCCUUAUAUACUUUCAUUCAAAUUUAUGCUUCACUUUGAAACUUAUAAUUUAGUAUUAUAUUUAGUCUACUAUCAUAAUAUCAUGAUGAUUAUUUUUUAUCUCUUUCUUGAUUGAAUGAAUUUCAUUAUUUUAUCUGAUAUGAAAGUUUAUGGAAAGUCUGUAAAUCCUUCCAAGAGAGCAGUUAGGUUGUCAUCAGCAUGUGUUAAUAUGAAUGAUGUGUACAAACCUUCUCACGGACCUCUCACUAUAAGGAAGGGUUAUGCAGAAAAUCAAUUUACAAGUCCAUUUGCCUCAACACUGACAUUCCAGACACCUUAUGCAGCUUCUACUCAAGAAAUGACAAAAGAUUUGAUUAGAACUCCAUUUAAAGAGAUACCAAACGCUACUGCACAACCAAUGAAAGUUCAAGGUGGAAACUCAGUCAUUCAAAUGAGGAAAGCAGCUAGGUUGAUGAAAUCUUUAGAUCAAAGAAUUGUUUAUGAGCGACUUAAUGAUGCUGAUGAAGUGUACUUGGAUGAUGGAGAUGCUACAUACCCAUGUGAACAUUGCAAAGCAAAAAUGUGGUUCUCUGAGCGACUAAAGCGUGCAUCAACUAAAUCCAAUUCUGUCUUUUCAACGUGCUGCUGUCAUGAGGUUUAUACAAUUGAGUUUCAAAAGUGUGGACUACUACAUGCUCACAUCAUUCUAUUUUUGGAAGAUAAGGACAAACUAAAGAAUCCUGAAGAGGUAAUAUUUUUAAAUAAAGAUAGGGAAAAUGCUUCUCUUACAGAGAUUAAUAAAAUGUUAAUGCAAAAUGGAAGGUCGCUUGAUGAUUUCCCAAUGAUGGCAAAGCCUGAAUGUAGCAUUAACUAUGAUAAUGUCAAUAACUUGAUGAUGGAAGAAUUAAGUUUUGAUACUGAGUUGUACAUUUUUGAGAGAUACAAAUUUGAGCAACAGUUAACAAUAGAACAAAGAGAGAUUUAUGAAAAAAUCCUAUCUGCAGUGAACUUAAAAGAAGGUUCAUUCUUUUUUGUUUAUGGUUUUAAAGGGACUGGGAAGACUUUUUUAUGGAAUGCUCUCACUGUAUUCAUUAGGUCCCAAAAAAUGAUUGUCUUGAAUGUUGCUUCCAGUGGGAUUGCAGCAACAUUACUACCUUCUGGAAGAACAGCCCACUCUCAGUUUUGUAUUCCCAUAAAUGUAACUGAAGACUCCACUUGCAAUAUUAUGCAUGGAUCAGCUAUUGCAACGCUUAUACAAAUUACUGAUUUAAUUGUGUGGGAUGAAGCUCCUAUGGUCAAGAAGCAUUAUGUUGAAGCAUUUGAUAGAACUAUGAAAGAUAUAAUGCGUGAUGACAGAAUUUUUGGAGGAAAGGUUGUGGUCUUUGGAGGUGAUUUUCGCCAAAUACUCCCUGUACUGCCUGGUGGUGAUAGAGCAGAUGUUGUUAAUGCAUCUUUAAACUCAUCAUAUCUUUGGUAUCAAUGCAAGAUAUUUAAGCUCACAAAAAAGAUGAGGUUAUAUACUACAACAUCAAGCUGUGAAAUGGAUAAAAUAACUAAGUUUUCAAAAUGGCUUCUCAGUAUUGGGGAUGGAGAUCACAGCAGUUCAUCUAAUGGUAAAUAUGAUAUCACUAUUCCAGAAGAGUUGUUAAUUACUGACUUCUCUGAUCCAUUGCAGGCUAUUGUUGACUCCAUUUAUCCAAAGCUAUGUGAAAAAUACAAUGAGCCACAAUUCUUUAUAGAAAGAGCAAUUCUUGCUCCAACUCUACAAAUAACUGACUACAGCUCAGAUUCAUUUGACGACAUUUAUGACACUGAAUUCCUCAACACAAUUAAAGGUUCAGGAUUGGCUCCUUACAAAUUGACUCUUAAAGUAGGAGUUCCUAUCAUGCUAAUGCGAAAUAUUGAUCAAGCUAAUGGACUAUGCAAUGGAACAAGACUUCGUGUUACUUUGUUGGGAGACCACUUUAUAAAGGGAAUCAUACUUAAUGGAUCAAAGCCUGGGGAAGAAGUCUACAUUCAUCGAAUGGAUUUGAAUCCUUCUGAAUGCAAUCUAUCAUUUCAAAUGAAGAGGAGACAGUUUCCAUGCGUUUUAUCAUUUGUAAUGACAAUAAAUAAGAAUCAAGGACAAUCUUUAUCAAAUGUUGGUGUUUAUUUACCUAAGCCUGUUUUCUCUCAUGACCAGCUUUAUGUUGCUUUUUCCAGGGUUAGAUCAAUGGAUGGACUUAAAAUACUUAUACAUGAUGAAGAUUUCAAACCGAAGAUUGUCACAACAAAUGUUGUUUUUAAGGAAGUUUUCCAAAAUCUCCAGUGA